AUGGAUGUCAACGAGCCUCGCGGCACAAAGAGGAAGGCCAAUGACGAGUCCGCGGACGACCCGGCGCACGCCGCCCGCCGCAUCCGCGCCCUCGACCCAGACGUCGUCAACAAGAUUGCCGCCGGCGAGAUCAUUGUUGCUCCCGUCCACGCCCUCAAGGAGCUUAUCGAGAAUGCCAUAGAUGCCGGCUCCACUUCCCUAGAGGUCCUUGUCAAGGAGGGCGGCCUCAAGCUCCUCCAGAUCACAGACAACGGCCAUGGUAUUGACAAAGAAGACCUGCCGAUCCUGUGCGAACGCUUCACCACCUCGAAGCUCAGCACCUUUGAGGAUCUGAGCAACAUCAACACGUACGGCUUUCGAGGCGAGGCCCUCGCCAGCAUCAGCCACAUCGCCCACCUGCAGGUGACCACAAAGACGAAGGACUCGGCAGCAGCAUGGAGGGCAAAUUACGAAGGCGGGAAGCUCACUCCAGCCAAGCCCGGGCAGUCAGCAGAUCCCAAACCUACCGCAGGCCGGCAGGGAACUCAGAUCACCGUUGAGGACCUCUUUUACAAUGUGCCGACCCGGCGCAAGGCCUUCCGCUCCCCCUCGGACGAAUUCAACAAGAUCAUCGACAUGGUCGGGCGUUACGCCAUCCACUCGCAGGGGGUAGCGUUCUCCUGCAAGAAGCACGGUGAUGCUGGCACGGCCAUCACGAUAUCGUCCCAGGCAUCAACCGUGGACCGCAUCAGACAAAUUCACGGCGGAUCCGUAGCCAACGAGCUUAUUGCGUUCGAGGCCCAGGACGAUCGCUGGGGUUUCAAAGCCUCAGGCUGGGCCACCAAUGCUAACUACCACAUCAAGAAAACCACAUUGCUGCUCUUCAUCAACCACCGCAGCGUUGAGUCGACACAUAUUAAAAAGGCCCUCGAACAGACCUACUCGAUGUUCCUGCCCAAGAACGGCCAUCCCUUUGUCUAUCUCAAUCUUGAGAUUGACCCUCGCCGCGUGGACGUCAAUGUUCACCCUACAAAACGCGAGGUACACUUUCUGAAUGAAGAUGAGAUCCUGCAGUCUAUCUGCGACAACAUCAGGGAGAAGCUCGCCGCUGUCGACACGAGUCGGACGUUUCUGACACAGACGCUCUUGCCUGGUGCCAUCAGCCAGGACCGGGACGACCUUGACGAUGCCGGCAACUCCCUAAAGACGCCAGCACCAAAUCGCCGAUCACAAUCACGCCCCAACGAGAACAAUCUGGUGCGCACCGAUGCGUCGCUACGCAAGAUCACUAGCAUGUUCCAAGCAACAUCUAACUCACCAACACCGGGAGGGGCGGGCAGCGCUGCUGCAAACGAACCCUCUCUGGAUCCCUUGUACGAGAUCAUUGAGCGAGAGCCGAUUGUAUGUCGUCUGACGAGCGUGCGGGAUCUGCGUUCAGAAGUCCGGGACGACAUGCACCACGAGCUGACUGAGAUCAUCGCGAGCCAUACGUUUGUUGGUAUCGUGGACGAGCAACGGAGGCUGGCUGCAAUACAGGGCGGCGUCAAGCUGUACUUGAUCGACUAUGGUCGCGCGUGUUUUGAGUAUUUCUACCAAGUUGGGCUGACGGACUUUGGAAACUUUGGCACCAUCAGAUUCCAGCCAGCGCUCUCCCUGAGAGACAUAUUGCGGACUGCAGCCGAGCACGAGAAGGCGACAGCUGCAGAUGGAGAGCUCAUGGACGAUGAUGACUUUGAUAUCGACGAAGUGGUGGCCAAAGUUGAGCAGCAGCUCAUUGAGCGCAGAGAGAUGCUGCAAGAGUACUUCAGCCUCGAAAUCUCGCCAUCGGGUGAGCUGUGGAGCAUCCCACUCCUGAUGAGAGGAUACACGCCAUCGUUGGCCAAGCUGCCCCAGUUUCUUCUCCGCCUUGGCCCUUAUGUGGACUGGACAGAAGAGAAGGCAUGCUUUGAGACGUUCUUGCGCGAGCUGGCCAGUUUCUACGUCCCUGAGCAGCUGCCAUCGCUCCCGGGGACAGAGCAAGCAGAGGAGGACAUACCGGAUGAGGUGAAGGAGCGAAGGGCGUACAUCCGGCGGACCAUCGAGCAUGUCAUCUUUCCGGCGCUUAAAGCACGAUUGGUGGCGACAAAAUCGUUCAUGAAAUCAGGCGUCCUUGAGCUGGCCAGUCUCAAAGGGUUGUACCGCGUGUUUGAGCGAUGCUAG